AUUUCUCUUUCUCUCUCCAGCGCCUACUUCUCUCUACAAACUCAAGCCUCCGCCCACCACCGCCCGCCCUGUUGUGCUCCUCCACUGUGAAACACCCACGACCUCCUCGUUUCCCCGCCACAAACCUGCCUAGAAACCCUCAAGACGGCGAAUCCCGCGACCAAACGCCUGAGAUUCUCCCGGUGGCCGUGAGCUCUGGAAGUUUACAAUUUUAUCCUUGAGCUACGGGGACAUUUUGGAAGUUUCCUCGUCUGUGAUCCAAAUUGAUCGGUGUCCAGUAAGCAAGAUUUCGUUUAGGAAAAGAAGAUAUUUCCCUUAUUUAAAUUAAAAUAUCAAGGUACUUUCCGAGUGGUGACUUAAAAUUUCCAACGGAUUCCAUUUCCACGGAAUCUCACCCUUUACCUCACGCAAAAAACGCACCCUGGAUUACAUUUUCCUAUUUAUUUCUAGUUAGGGUUUACAAUUUUACUCAUUCCCUUUCUUACACAGCCGGCCAGCCAGCCUCUUACACUCUUCCUUCCCACACUCUAAUCUUAUCCAAACCCCAAGAAAAAUCUCUCUUUAUAUUCCUUUCCAAACCACAAAAGAAGAAAAAAAAAACUCUAAGAAAAUGGUAGUCAAAGACGAAAACUCUGAUAAAACCUUAGAGCUCUUCGUGAAGAUUGGUUUGGACGAACGAACUGCUCGUAACACCAUCGCUAACAACAAGGUCACUGCUAAUCUCACGGCCGUCAUUCAUGAGGCUGCUUUGACUGAAGGAUGUGACCGAACGAUUGGAAAUCUUUUAUACACGGUUGCCACGAAGUACCCUGCGAAUGCGCUUCUACAUCGUCCAAAUUUACUUGAAUAUGUCGUCUCUUCUAAGAUAAAGACUCCAGCUCAGUUAGAAGCAGCAUUUUCAUUUCUUUCAAAUGUUGCAUCAGAGGAUUUUAAGCGGAGUGAAUUUGAAGAAGCAUGUGGCGUUGGAGUUGAAGUUUCUGUGGAAGAAAUUGAACACACUGUCAAUGAAAUUUUUGAGGAGAAUAAAUCUGUAAUUAUUGAGCGUCGUUAUCGAACAAAUGUUGGUGAGUUGUUGGGAAGCGUUAGGAAGAGGCAUCCAUGGGCUGAUCCAAAGAUUGCUAAGCAACUUGUUGAUGCAAAAAUGUUUGAAUUACUUGGUGAGAGGACUGCAGCAGAUGAUGAGAAGCCGUCAAAAAAGAAGGAAAAGAAAGAAAAACCUACUAAAGUUGAGAAAAAAGCUGUUGUUGAUGAUACUCCUGCAGAGCCAUCUGAAGAAGAACUUAAUCCAUUUUCAAUAUUUCCUGCCCCAGAAGACAAUAUCAAGGUGCACACAGAAGUAUUUUUCAGCAAUGGAUCUGUGCUAAGAUGUUGCAAUACAAAGGAAAUGCUUGACAAGCACUUGAAGUUGACUGGGGGAAGAGUUUUUACCCGCUUCCCUCCUGAACCAAAUGGAUAUCUACACAUUGGACAUGCAAAAGCAAUGUUUGUUGACUUUGGCCUUGCAAAAGAGAGGGGUGGAUGCUGCUACCUGAGAUAUGAUGACACAAAUCCUGAAGCUGAAAAGAAAGAAUAUAUUAAUCACAUUGAAGAAAUUGUCAAGUGGAUGGGCUGGGAACCAUUCAAGAUAACUUACACCAGUGAUUAUUUCCAAGAUUUGUACGAGUUAGCAGUGGAGCUGAUACGAAGGGGUCAUGCAUAUGUUGAUCAUCAGACCCCCGAAGAAAUAAAGGAGUAUAGGGAAAAGAAGAUGAAUAGCCCUUGGAGAGAAAGACCAAUUGCAGAGUCAUUAAAACUUUUUGAUGACAUGAAGAGAGGUCUAAUUGAAGAGGGCAAAGCAACACUCAGGAUGAAGCAAGAUAUGCAGAGUGAUAAUUUCAAUAUGUAUGACCUCAUUGCUUAUCGUAUCAAGUUUACUCCUCACCCUCAUGCAGGGGAUAAGUGGUGCAUUUAUCCAAGCUAUGAUUAUGCGCACUGCAUCGUGGACUCUCUUGAGAAUAUCACACAUUCACUAUGUACACUUGAAUUUGAGACUAGGCGUGCUUCAUACUACUGGCUGCUACAUGUCCUGGACCUUUAUCAGCCAUAUGUUUGGGAAUACUCACGGCUGAAUGUUACAAACACUGUGAUGUCUAAGCGGAAGUUAAAUUACAUUGUGACAAAUAAAUAUGUUGAUGGUUGGGAUGAUCCCCGUCUCAUGACAUUAGCUGGUUUACGGCGUAGGGGUGUGACUUCAACUGCAAUAAAUACUUUUGUUCGAGGAAUCGGAAUCACUAGAAGUGACUGUAGUACGAUUCGUUUGGAUCGCCUUGAGUAUCACAUUAGAGAAGAAUUAAACAAGACAGCACCUCGUGUAUUGGUUGUGCUGCAUCCACUUAAGGUAGUCAUAACCAACCUCGAAUCUGGCUCUGUUAUGGAUCUUGGUGCAAAGAAAUGGCCUGAUGCUCAAGCAAAUGAUACAUCUGCCUUUUACAAGGUACCUUUUUCAAAUGUUGUAUAUAUUGAGCGCACAGAUUUCCGGAUGAAAGAUUCUAAAGAUUACUAUGGGUUGGCUCCUGGCAAGUCAGUCCUGCUAAGGUAUGCAUUCCCCAUAAAGUGCACUGAUGUAAUAUUGGCAGAUGAAAAUGAGACUGUGCUUGAGAUUCGAGCUGAGUAUGAUCCUUCUAAAAAAAGCAAGCCAAAGGGGGUUCUUCACUGGGUUGCUGAACCUUCCCGAGGGGCUGAUCCAUUGAAGGUGGAAGUUCGAUUGUUUGACAAACUCUUUAAUUCUGAGAAUCCUGCUGAGCUUGAUGAUUGGCUAGCUGAUCUGAACCCGGAUUCCAAAGUGGUGGUACCUGCUGCAUAUGCAGUACCAUCACUUCGGGAUGCUGCUGUAGGGGAUACAUUUCAGUUUGAAAGGCUCGGCUAUUUUACUGUGGACAAGGAUUCAACUGCAGAAAAACUUGUCUUUAACCGUACAGUUACGCUUAAGGAUACUUAUGGUAAGGGUGGGAAAUAGGAUCUCACUUUGUGAAUCGCACAUGAAGAAUCCAGUUAUGAAGACGUUAGUCUUGUACAAAAGAUAUUCAGUUAGCUUUUUGACAGAAAGAUAGAUAUACAGUUUACUGGCAUGAAUGAGUUUACCACAGUUGUAUUUAAAUCUGUUUUUGUUCAAUUUUUACUGGGAGACCUGUUGAAACUUUGCUGAAAGUUUCAGAUGCUUCAUUUGCAGAAAAUUAAAGUUUUCUGGGUUUAAUGUUAAGCCUCAGAUAAUAAAUUAUGUUGCAUUUUCAUGUAUGAGCUCAGCAUUGCUAAAUGUUUUUCUUGAGAUAUGGACAUUAUUGUUACUGUUA